AUGGCGGAUGAAGAUGAAUGGCCCGCAAACUUGGUUGAAGAAAUCGUAGUGCCGGAGCAGCGAUCAACUGUUAACUUGCAAACUGCUAUAUUGGCCGAUUUUGUUGAGAUUUACCGAUUUUCAUCAGUAUUCCUAUUAACAAGAGUAAUAGCAUAUUGCCUGAGCUUCGUACACAACUGUCGCAAGAAAGAGAAACGAACAGGAUCUAUCACAACAGAAGAACUGCGGGAAGCAACGAAUUGCGUGAUUCUGGCGGUACAAGCGAACGCUUUUGCUAAUGAAUUGUAUAAUUUGCGUGACGGCAGACCUCUGCACUCAAAAAGUAGAAUUUUGGCAUUGAAUCCGUUUAUAGAUAACGUGGGAAUAUUGCGAGUGGGUGGAAGACUUCAAAAUGCUGAUAUGAGAUAUGCUCGGAAGCAUCCCAUAUUACUUCCCAAUAAUAAUCAUUUUACUAAAUUAAUUUUUAAAUAUGUCCAUAUUAGUAAUUAUCAUUGUGGUGUUCAAGCUACAUUAUACGCUGUUAGACAGAAUUAUUGGGCAGUUAGAGGAAAGGACAUCGCUAAGUAUACUGUUCGUACUUGUAUGAGAUGCUUUCGAUUUGCAACACCCGCACCGAAGUAUCAAAUGGGAAAUUUACCGAUGGAUAGACUAGUGAGCGAUCGCCCGUUCGAGAAGGUUGGUGUCGACUAUUGUGGCCCUUUUUAUAUAAAGGAGAAGCGUUAUAGAAAUAAGACUAAAAUCAAGGUUUAUGUGGCCGUAUAUAUUUGUUUUACUACGAAGGCUGUUCAUUUGGAGGUCGUUUCUGAUUUAACUACAGAAGCGUUUAUUGCCAGUUUGCGACGAUUUUUUGCCAGGCGUGGGAAGGCCAGAGUAAUUUAUUCUGAUAAUGCAACUAACUUUACCGGAGCAAAUAAUGAAUUAAAAGAUUUGCAUAAAUUAUACAAUUCAAAGGAACAUAUUGAUAACCUUCAGCGGUUUUGUGUCAACAGGGGAGUCAAAUGGAAUUUUAUACCGCCACGUUCACCGCAUUUUGGCGGAUUAUGGGAGGCCGCGGUGAAGGGUUUUAAGCAUCAUAUGCGUCGAACACUCGGUGAAGCAUUAUUUACAUUUGAAAAAUUUAACACAUUUGUAAUUGAAAUAGAAGGUGUAUUGAAUUCGCAACCGCUCACUGCUCUGUCCUCGGAUCCAAAUGAUUGCUUGGCCUUGACGCCUGCACAUUUUUUGAUAGAAACGUCGUUGGCAGAUAUUCCUGAAGUCGAUCUCACGAAUGUGCCCACUAACAGAUUGUCUAUAUGGAGGUAUAUACAAAAAAUUAAGCAAAACUUUUGGCGUCGCUGGAGCAAGGAGUAUUUAAACGAGCUGCAACAGCGAACCAAGUGGUUGAAUUCACACGCCUCAUGUAUUAAACCAGGAAUCUUAGUUCUUAUUAAAGAUGGCAACACUGCUCCUUUGCAAUGGUCGAUGGGCAGGAUAGUGGCCGUGCAUCCGGGAGACGAUAACAUUGUGAGAGUGGUUACCGUAAAGACUCAGAAUGGUACAUAUAAGCGAAAUGUAAGAGCUCUCAAGUGA